AUGUUUCAGGUUGGUGAGAUAAUUAGUACAUUUGAGAAGGAGGAGGAGUUCUAUUUGAAAGGUUUGAAGCUCAUCACUGUGGACUGUUCUUUUGCUGAGAGGCACCAUGCGGAAUUGUAUGCGAAUCCCUUUUUCAAUGGGUUGGUUGAAUACAUCAUUUAUGGUCCUGUUGUUAGUAUGGUUUGGGAGGGCAAGAAUGUCGUGACAACUAGUCGAAAGAUUAUUGGAGCUAGAAAUCGUUCCGAUUCUGCCCUCGUAACCAUCCGUGGUGACUUUGCCUAUGAAAUUGGGAGGAACGUUAUUCAUGGAAGUGAUUCGGUUGAGAGUGGGAGGAAAGAAAUUGCUCUGUGGUUCCCUGAAGGCCCUGUUAGCUGGGAGAGCAGUCUUCACCCUUGGAUCUACGAGUGAAUGCUUGAUACCCAACA